UCGCCUCGACACUCGACAGUGUGUAGUGGAGACGCUAUUAACGCAACCAAAGACAAAAGCCGCAAAGGAUGCCACACACCAACACUGCCAACAAGUCUUCUUCUACCUCCCCCCUGAAUCCAUUCCAUUCCCUUCUCUCUCUCUCUCUCUCUCUAGCUGCCUAGCCAGGUAGCUUCUCUCUCUCCUCCACGCUCCUGCCGACACACAAGAAACGACGUAGCAGGAGAGAGAGAGAGGCCACUGGUAGCCAAGAGUGUGAGAGAAGCAGGCGGGCCGCUGCCGAUCGACCAUGGAGCCGGGCGCCGACGCGCCUCGCGGCGAGGGAGCGAGCGCGCCAGAGGAGUCUGGACCGUCCUCAUCCUCAGUCGCCGUGGAGAAAGCUGAAGAGCCACAGCAGCAACAAGCGCAGCCGCCGGAGGGAGGAGGCCAGCAGGUCGCAGUGCAGGAGCACCUGCAGGCGCCGGAGCCGCUGUCGCAGCAGGCGCCGGUGCCGGCGGGGCUGAGCCGGUACGAGUCGCAGAAGCGGCGCGACUGGAACACGUUCCUGCAGUACCUGCGCAACCACAAGCCGCCGCUGACGCUGGCGCGCUGCAGCGGCGCGCACGUCAUCGAGUUCCUCAAGUACCUGGACCAGUUCGGCAAGACCAAGGUGCACGCCGAUGGCUGCGCCUACUUCGGCCAGCCCAACCCGCCGGCUCCGUGCGCGUGCCCGCUCCGACAGGCAUGGGGCAGCCUCGACGCGCUCAUUGGCCGCCUGCGCGCCGCCUACGAGGAGUCCGGCGGCCGCCCUGAGUCCAACCCCUUCGCCGCGCGCGCCGUGCGAAUCUACCUGCGCGAGGUGCGCGAGGGGCAGGCCAAGGCGCGUGGGAUCCCCUACGAGAAGAAGAAGCGCAAGCGCGGCAGCACGUCCGCCCCCGCGGCGCCGCCUCCCGUUGUCACCGCCUCAGAGGCGGCAGCGACCUCCGGAGGCGGCGAGGACGACGAGGACGAGCCGUCACAGUCAACAGAGCAACAGCGUACGACGCCAGCGUCUCCUCCUACUCCUCCAACUAGAAGUAGUAGCGCCGGCGCGACUAGCACCACCGCAGCGGCGGCGGCGACCACGACGGCGACAACGAGAGGGAAGGAAGCGGCAGAAGGAUCAGCGUGAUAAGUGUAGACCAUUAAAUUACCCUUUUGAUUAUUCCAUCACAUCCAAAUUCUAAUCCUGCACCAUCAUAAUUUUAGUUGUUUGUUAUUACAAUUACUGCUGCUAUGAUUUGUUGGAUAUAUAUAUAUAUAUAUGAGAGAGGUCUAAUUAAGUA